AUUUAGCCUUUAAAGACAAAAAGUAGCAUCUAUUAUGGCAUAGAAAAUGUCAGAAGCAUCAGAAUAUGAGAUAUCAGAUGAAGAAUCUUUAAAAUUUAUCUUAGAAAGAGUAGAAGCAGCGUUUAAUGAGGAAGAAAAAAAAACGAAUGAUAUUAAGCAGGAAAAUGAGAAAGUGGUAAAUAAGAGAGAGAAUGCUAAUUUUCGGGAAGAAUUUAUUCAAACUACAUUAUUUGGAAAAGUUAUUCCAAAUAAACCAAAAGAAUCCUCAAUUAAAGAAAUGGAGGAGGAACCAACGCAUCAUGAAAUAGAUAAAGAAUCAAUUAAGACGUGGAUUUAUCCUACGAACAUGAAAGAAAGGGAUUAUCAAUUUAAUAUUGUUCAAAAAGCACUUUAUCAAAAUAUACUCGUAUCACUUCCAACAGGACUUGGAAAAACGUUUAUUGCAGCAGUAGUUAUGUUUAAUUAUUAUAGAUGGUUUCCAAAAAGUAAGAUUAUAUUUGUUGCGCCAACAAAACCUUUAGUUUCUCAACAAAUUCAAGCGUGUUAUAAUAUAUGUGGAAUACCUCCGGAAGAUACGAUUGAAUUAAGUGGAAAUGUAAAGCAAUCAAUAAGAUCAUUUGCAUGGAAAGAAAAAAGAGUAUUUUUUAUGACGCCACAGGCCUUACAAAAUGAUUUGGAAGCGAAAAUUUGCAAUAAAAAGUCAAUUGUUUGUUUGGUUAUUGAUGAAGCACAUAGAGCUAUAGGGAAUUAUGCGUACUGUAAUGUUGUUCGUAUGAUUCGUUCAAAAAACAAAAGCUUUAGGAUUUUGGCGUUAACAGCAACACCGGGGACAGAUAUUGAUUCAGUACAAGGAGUUAUCAAUUCUUUAUAUAUUGCACAUAUUGAGUUACGAACAGAAGAUUCUAUUGAUAUUCAAAAAUAUCUUCAUAAUCGAACACUAAAAACUAUAUUAGUACCUCUUUCUCAAGAGUUAAUAACAGUUCGUGAUUUAUACGGUGAAAUUAUAAAACCAUUUUUACAGCAAUUGAAUUCAAUGAACGCAUAUCAUGUUCAUGAUCCUGGAGAAUUAACAACUUUUAGUCUUAUACAAGCUCAAAAGUCUUUUAUGAAAACUCCAUCUAUGAUGAACGCACCAUCUAUUAAAAAAGGAGAAUUUUUUACACUUUUCUCCAUCUUAUCUUCACUGGCAUAUCCUAUGUCUUUACUAAUUUGUCAUGGAUUGAAUCCAUUUUACAAAAAAAUCAAAGAAUUAGUGGAUGGACCAGUAUUAAAAAAACACAAAUGUUUUGAAAGUGAAGAAAAAUUUAGACAAAUUAUAUCUUUAAUUGAAAAGCUAAGAUCAGCCCCAACAUAUAUUGGGCAUCCAAAGUUGGAAAAAUUGCGUUCUCUUCUAUUAGAUCAUUUUGUUAACGCAAAUGAUAAAAACGAAGAGACGCAAGCAAUGGUAUUUGUAGAAUAUAGAUCAAGUGCAGAAGAUAUCAUGAAGGUUCUAGAAGAAGAUUAUCCAUUGGUGAAAGCACAGUUAUUUAUUGGUCAAUCAUCUCGUAAAUUGUCAUCAGGAAUGACCCAAAAAGAACAAAUUUCUAUUAUUGAAAAAUUCAAAGCCAAAGAUUUUAAUACUUUAAUUGCUACAUCAAUAGGGGAGGAAGGGCUUGACAUUGGUGAAGUUGAUUUAAUUAUUUGUUAUGAUUCAUCAUCAUCUUCAAUUCGUUUAUUGCAACGUAUGGGAAGAACAGGACGUAAACGAGAAGGCCAUAUAUAUAUCUUACUUACUUCUGGGAGAGAAGAAAGAAAUUAUUUCCGUGCUAAAGAUUCUUAUAAAGCAAUUCAAAGGGUUAUCGCACAUGGAAAUGUAUUAAAAUUACAUGAAAAAAUAUCACCCAGAAUAAUACCUAAAUUUGAAAGUCCAAAAUGCCAUAAACAAGAGCUGGUAAUAGACAAGAAUAUUAUAUCAAGCGACAUAAGCAACGAAUUUAUAAAAAAAUAUCAAUUAAAAUAUCAAUCAAAAUACAAGGAAAAGAAACCUGUUCUUACAUGCAAAAAUCAAUUUAUUACAGCAUCUACUUUACAUAAACAAACAAUCGAAAAUAAUAAAGAAUCUAAUAGAAUAGUAAAUGCCGUAUUAUCGAAUGAUUUUAUUAAACAUUCUAAUUCAGAACAAAAAGAACAAUUUGAUCAUGAUAUUAAAACAAUUGGAAGCCAGCCAUUGCUCGCUAAAGAUAUUACACUAUUUCCUGAAUCAGUACCAAAAGACAAGCUCAGCUCUUUCUGUUAUGUAUCUCAUAGUAAACUAUGUCAACGAUUAAUUCAAACUAUGCAAAAAAUCAAUUCUAUCAAAACAUCUAAAACUGUAUUAAACAACUUUAUAAACAACAAUCAAAUCAAUUCUUUAAAAUUUAGAAAUAUUCUAGUAAAAAAUACAAGGAAUUAUAUGCUUUUAGGAAAAAAUAUCAACCAAUCUCAAUGUUUAAAACUUAACGAUUUUUCUAAUAAGGAAUCUUUCAAAAGCAAUGGAUUAGAAGAAAUUCCAAAAGAACAUUUAAUUACAAACAAUUCAUUACUAUCUAACUACAAAGCAAAACCAACUUAUUCUAACAGAUUUAAACGGCGUAAAAUCAUAUUUGAUAGCGAUGAAAAAGACGAUCUCGAUUUACCAGAUAUUUCUAAUGUAUUAUGUCCAUUAAAUGAAAAGCAUAAGAAAGAAACUUUAUUCAACAAAUACAAAUAAUUCACUAUUAUAUAAGAUAUAAUUUAAUCAUUUAGAUUCUUAAAAA